CUUCACUCUCAAUAUUUCAAUGGCCUCAUCAGGAUCUUGGACGUCAAGGCAGAACAAAAUGUUCGAGAAUGCUCUAGCAGUGUAUGAUAAGGACACCCCGGAUAGGUGGAACAAUUUGGCCAGAGCUGUGGGUGGUAAGACAGCGGAGGAAGUCAAGAGACACUAUGAAAGGCUUGUCGAAGAUGUUAACCGGAUUGAGUCCGGCGAUGUGCCAUUGCCAAACUACAGCAGAUCAUCAAAAUCUGGAUCUGCUGGGAGCAACAAGUCAGGCUACACUAAUUCCAUGGACAUUGACGAGCAGAGGUUCAAGAGUCUGAAAAUCUAGUGAAAAUCGAAGAGCUUUCCUGCAGGUUCAAGAGUCUGAAAAUUCCAGUGAAACUCGAAGAGUUGAUAAAGAGAAACAUGAACCAAAUCAUCCGUGACGAGUGGGAUAGUUAAUAAAGAAUGUGAC